AUGUCAUCACCAAUAUUAAAUACCGAUGAUAAUAAUUGUGUAAGGGUUGCAUUAAGAGUUAGACCCUUAUCAAAGAAAGAAGAAGCAGAAAGGUCAAUGGAAGUUGUAAAAUAUGUUGAUGGAGAACCACAAGUUAUUAUGGGUGAUAAUAAUCAAACAUUCACUUUUGAUUAUGUUUUCAAUGGUAAAUCAAGACAACAAGAGAUUUUUGAUGAUUGUGUUGCAAAUUUAGUUGAUUGCCUUUUUGAAGGUUAUAACUCAACCAUUUUAGCAUAUGGUCAAACAGGUUCAGGUAAAACAUUUACAAUGGGUACAACAAGUACAAUUGGUAUACCAACAGAAGAGUUGGGAGUAAUUCCCAGGGUUAUUGAUUUUAUAUAUGAUAAGAUAGAUAGAAAAAAGGAUACGCAUCAAUUAGUAUUAAAAGUAUCAUUUUUAGAGUUAUAUAAUGAAGAGAUUAGAGAUAUGUUAAAUCCUUAUCCAACAGCAGGUGGUUUACCAAUUCGUGAGAAAUCAAAUGGUGAAGUUUAUAUACCAGGAUUAGUUGAACAAAUCGUUAGAUCAAGACAACAAAUGGAGGAGGCAUUAAUUAGAGGUUCACAAUCUAGAACUACUGGUUCAACUUUAAUGAAUAGUCAUUCAAGUAGAUCACAUGCAAUAUUUUCAAUAAUUGUUGAACAAACUCCGAUAAAUUCACCUGUUACAUCAUCAUCAACAUCAUCAACAUCGACAUCAUCCUCUUCUGAUGAUAAAAAGCAAUCAAAAGGUAAAAAGAAAAAGAAAUCAUCGUCACCAGAUUCUUUAUCACCUAAUAAAGAUGACGAUUCAUCAAUUAUGAUUGAUGAAGAUGAAGAGGAUGACGAGGAAGAUGAGGAUGAUGAUAUAAUGUCAAUGGAUGAAAGAAACCCAUCGAUUAGAUCAAUGUUUCAUUUUGUAGAUUUAGCAGGUAGUGAAAGAGUAAAGAAAACAAAAGCUGAAGGACAACGUUUAAAAGAGGGUAUCAAUAUCAAUGGUGGUUUAUUAGCAUUGGGUAAUGUUAUUAGUGCAUUAGGUGAUACUAGAAGAGCAACAACUAAACCAAAACAUAUCCCAUAUAGAGAUUCAAAAUUAACACGUAUGCUCCAAUCAUCAUUAGGUGGUAACUCAAAAACUUUAAUGAUUGCAUGUGUUAGUCCUGCCGAUUCAAAUUUUGAAGAAACUUUAAAUACAUUAAAAUAUGCAUAUAGAGCUAGAAAUAUUAUGAAUAAACCAGUUGUAAAUAUAGAUCCAGUUACACAACAAAUUCUUACAUAUAAAACACAAAUUCAAACAUUAAAAGAAUUAUUAGAAAAGUGUACAUGUAGGGAUAUUGGCGAUAUAAAUUCAAUUUUAGCUUCAAUACCAACGGUUUCAAUACCACCUGCUCCACCUUUAUCAACACCAACUUUAACAAAUAAUAAUAAUAAUAAUAGUAGUAGUAAUAAUAAUAAUAAUAGUAAUAAUAAUAAAUUAAAUGUUGGUGGAAAUAAUAGUGGAUUUAGUAGAACACCAUCAUCUUCUUCAUUACCACCAACAAAUAGUAGUAAAUCUUCAAUUGUGAAAAUGAAUAAUUCUAGAAAUAUUUCAUCAUCAUCAUCGUCAUCAUCGUCGUCAUCAUCAUCAUCAUCAUUGACAACAACACCAUCAAUUACUAAUAAUACAGCAACACCAUCACCAACAUCAGUAAUAGUUACAAAUUUAAGUAAAGAGAAAGAAAAGGAGAUAUUUGAUUUAGGUAUGAAAGUAUCACAAUUGGAAUUUGAGAAUAAUAUGCUUCAAGAUAUUUCAAAUAAGAUAACAAGUAAAUAUAAAGCAUUAGCCAAUAGAAGUAGACAAUUGGAGGAGAUUUCACAAAAUUUUAUAAAUAAUUUCUCACCAAAUAAGGAUCAAACUUAUUUUAAUGAAUUAUUCGAACAAUUUAAUUCAGUAUUGAAUCAACCAACCAUUUCGCCAAUUACACCAAUGAUGGCAGCUGUUUCAACUCAAAUUUCAUCAUCAAAUGUUAUUAUAAAUUCAAAUUCAUUAUUACCAAUGGCUGAAGAUAAUUUAUUACCAGGUGGUAAACUUGAAUCAAUCAAUAAUAAUAAUAAUAAUAAUAAUAAUUCAAGUGAAGGUAUUGAAUUAUUUGAAAAUGAUAGUGAAGAACUAUCAGAUUUAAAUCAAUAUAUUUCAGAAAAAGAAGAGGAAUUAGAAUUAAUAAGUAAAACUAAACAACAAUAUCAACAAAUGAAAGAACAAUUUGAUCAAAAAGUUAAGGAAUUACAAUCACAAUUGGAAGAAGUAACAGUUGAAAAAGAUCAAGCCUUAAAAGAAUUGGAUAAGGAUAAGGAUAAAGAUAAAGAUAAUAAAGAUAAAGAUCAAUACUAUGAAGAUGAGAAAUUAAGAUUAACUCAACAUUAUGAAAAGAAAUUGAAUGAAUUAAAACAACAAUUGGAUCAACAUGCAGGUUCAAAUAAAAAAGAUUAUCAACGUUUAUUGGAUUUAAAGAGAAAGAGUGAAGAGAAAAUCGAUUCACUUCAACAAGACAUUAAAGAUACAAAGAGACAAAAAUCUGAUCUUUUGAAAAAGAUGAGAGAUGAAUUAAAGAAACGAGAUGAUGCAAAACAAACUCAAGCUAAAGAAUUGGAUGCACUUAAACGUGAAGCUAGAAAAACUGAAGUAAUCAUUGAUCAACUUAAAAAUCAAUCUAAAAAGAAAGAUCUAUUAUUACAAAAGAAAACUGAUGAAUCUGAAUCUUAUAAAAAGAAAUUAAAAGAAAUAGAAGUUCAUAAACAAAGAGUAAUUCAACCAAUUAAUAGUAAAUCUAUACCAUCAAAUAAUAAUAAUAAUAAUAGUAGUGGUAGUGUAAAGUCAUCAAAUGGUUCAACUGCAUCUUCUGCAUCUUCUGCAAAUUCAUCAUCAUCAUCAUCAUCGUCAUCAUCUACUAAUACUAGCACUACUUCAACAUCAGCAACAAAUAAUACAACCACUUCUACAUCUACAUCUACACCAACAACAGAACAAUUAAAUAGAAAAUUAUUACAUAGAAAAUCAAUAAAUGUACCAUAUUGGAGAGAAUGGUUAAUUCAUCAAAUUCAAAAGAAUUUAGAAAAGAAUGAAUUGACAGAACUUUUACAAAGGGAAUUUAAGAAUAAAGAAAUCUUUGUAAGACAAGCUAAUGAUUUAAAGAAAGCAUUCACAAGUGUACCAUCAAAACUCUCGAAAUCAGAAUACAAUGAACAAUCACAAUUCUUGGAAACAAAUAUUAAAUUACAAAAUGAAAAAAUAUUAAAGAGUCAAAAAGAUUUAACAAUCAUUUCAAACGAUUGUUUAGAUUCACCUGAAAUACUUAGAAUGGUAUCAAAUACUAGUUUCGAUAAAUUACCAAAAUUAAUUCAAUCUUCAAUUGAACUUUGUAUAGAAUAUGCUGAAAUCAAUAGAAAGAAUCAACAAAUUAAAUUUAUUAAUGUUCCAACACCACCAACUUUACAAUCUCAACAACAACAUCAAAAAUCACAACAUUUUUAUAUUCAACCACCACAACCACUUCAAUCACAACAACAACAACAAGAAAAACAACAAAAACAAUCAAAUUCUGAACAAGUAUUAGAACAAAGAAGUAGUACAUCAGAUUUAUUAGAGGGUAUUAAAUUGGCAAUAAGUGAAAGUAAUAAUAAAAAUAAUAUUAAUAAUAAUAAUAAUAAUGUAAAUAUAGCAAAAUCACAACCAAUACUACCAUCACAACAACAAUUAUCAUCAAGUCAAGAAUUAGCAGAAGAGUAUACUUCACCAAGCACAAGUAGCUUGGGUAUGAAGUUGGACCAAUUAUUAGAUGAAAUUAAAUUAGAUAAAGAAAAGAGAGAAAAAAAUAAACUAUUGAAUGGUUACCCUCCAAUGAGUGGUAUUAAUUAUUUUAAUCCACCAACACCACAACCAUUAUCAGCAUCAUCAUUCUUAACAUCUGCAGCAGCAACAACAACAACAACAACAACAACGACAACAACAACAAAUAAACAACAAGUUCCAAAAUCAUUUGCUCCAUUAAACAAUACCAAUAAUAAUAAUAAUAAUAAUAAUUCUUCACCUUUACUUUUAAUAUCUGAUGAUAAAUUAGAUCAUUCAGUUUUUGAUAAAGAUUUAUUAGAUGUUGAUAUUCUUGGUAAUGAUUCAUCAAAUAAUGGUUUUAGUGUUAUAAAUAUAAAUAGUAAUAAUAAUAUUACUAUUAAAAAACCACCAAGUUCACCAACACGUCCACACAGAAAAACUACAUCACUUCAAUCAUCACCACUUUCAUUAUCAUUAGAAAGUGGUUUAGCAACUGCAUUAGCAAAUAACGGUAAUAAUAAUAAUAAUAGUAAUAAUAAUGAUGUUUUUACAAGACUAGCAUCACAACCAAGACCAGAUUCAAGAUUAAAGAAAUAUAGAGAUAAAUUGAAUACAGAUGAUUAUUUAAUGGCAAUAAAGAGAAAUAUGAAUAGAGAAGAUGAGAAUUUUAUGCGUUGUAAUUGGACAUUCAAUGGUCAUGAUGGUGGUUUAUUGACAUUGGUAUUGGAUGAACAAAAUCCAUCAACAUUGUAUAGUGGUGGAUCUGAUAAAAACAUUAAACUAUGGGAUUUACAUACUGGUGAUAAUAUGUUGGAUUUAAGUAGUCCUGGACCCGUUAGAUCAUUAUGUAUCAAUGGUUCAAGUGGUUGUAUGUUUAGUGGUGGCGCUGAAAGAACCGUUAAAGUUUGGGAUAUUCGUUCACCUGGUAAUACCAAUCUUUGUAUAUUCAAAACACCAAGUGAUGUAAAUUGUUUGGUUACAUAUGGCAAUUAUGUUGUAAGUGGCCUUGAAAAUGGUACUUUUAAAGUUUGGGAUAUUAGACACAUGCAAAAACCUUUGAAAACACCAUUAACCACCACUCCUCAUCAUACUGGUACCAUCUUUUCAAUGUCUGUAACUUCCAAAUAUCUAGUGACCGGUAGUAGAGAUCAUACCAUCAAUUUAUUCCAUCGUGAUAGUUUUGUUUUAGCUCAAAAAUUACAACCACCUCAUCAUGAUGGUGUAACUUCAAUAGCUGUCUUGGAUGAUGUUAUCUAUAGUGGUUCAAGAGAUAGAACUAUAAAAAGAUGGGAUGUUUCUUCAAUUAAUAAUUUAAUUAAUAAUAAUGGUGAAAAUAAUAGUAAUAAUUUAAUAACAACACAAUUGGCUCAGCAAACUGUACCAAUUUUAUCAAAUACUCCUUCAAAUAGUAAUUUAAUUAUAAAUAAUAAUAAUAACAUUAUCAAUAAUAAUAACAAUAAUAAUAAUAGUAGUAAUAAUAACAAAUCAUCAUCUGCUCCAAGUAGUACUACAUCAUCACUUUCAUCUUCAUUGGAUAAUAGUACAUUUUCAUUACUUAAUCAAUAUCAACAAAAUAGACUUUUAAACAAUGCACAUAAUGAUUGGGUAAAUUGUUUAUGUAUUCAUAAUGGAAUGAUAUUCUCUGGUGGAAAGGACUCAAAUAUAAAAGGUUGGGAUCCUCUUCUCUCUUCAAAUUCACUAUUAUUAGGUCAUGAAUCUUCAAUCUCAUGUUUAACAUCUUCAAAAGAAUUUCUUUUCUCAGGUAGUACUGAUAAAUGUAUAAAAAUUUGGAAAUGUUAA